AAACACACACACAAACUUCUAUCAUCAGGCUUAACCUAAAAAACUAAUCAAUCUCUGCAACGAUGUCUCUGGCCAUAAAAGUCAUCAUACUCUUCAUAUUGGUUGAAUCUUCUUGGGGAAAGUAUGUUGUAAAUCCGUUUGUGGAUGAGGAAAAACAAAUCAAUCAAGGUAAAUCAGAGAUUGACUAUUUCGAUAUUUUGAGAGGGACGAUUAGAGCAUGGCAAAGAGAAGCCGAGCAAAAAUACCCACUUUGGACAUCCGCCAAUUACAUGGAGCGAGCUUCAUACUUACAAGAGAAAGUUCGAGGUUAUGUUCAGCUUUGGGGGAAGUGGAAAAAUCAUACAGAAUACCCAUUCGGUGACUUGCGGAACAAGCUUCAAGGUGACUUGUGGCCAGUAGAGUAUGGUGUUCAAUGUCAUCGAUACGAGGGUCAAAUUAUAUUGACGUAUCUUAUAUAUGGCCUUAGUGCAGAAACUGACUGACGUACAUUAUAUGCGGCCGCCAAUGUUUUAGUUCCUUCCAUGUUUGUUUUCUGUUUCAGAAUUGCAUGUUUUUCUUCAAUUUUUAUUGUCUAUGGGGGUUUUGCUUUUGAUCCUUUGCUUUGGCUCUUUUCCGAAAUAAAUAUUUUUGUUUUUACGAACAUGCUUUGCUCGGUUUGGAGACAGAGAAUACAAGAUACCGAGACAACGUACUGGAACAUAACCUCAAGAAAGAAAAUAAACGAAUUGUCAUGUGUAAUGAUGU